GCUGGUCCAGGUAAUGGCUGCUACUGAGGCCCAGGGCCUCGGUGCGGACCAGUGGGAGAACGCUGCAGGGGUCCACGGUGGAAUCGGGUCCACGGAUCAUGAAGGUUCAAAAUGGAAGCCCCAAGUUAGAGAACUCUAAUCAUGAGGAUUGAUGAAGCUAAUGCUUAUAGACAGUGAAGACUGCAUCCUAGAGCCGCUGUCCCUGCCAGAAAGCCCAGGUGGCCCCACCGCUUUAGCAGGGCCUCCAUCUGUGCCUUGUAUCUUCUGUGAAGAACAUUUCCCCGUGGCUGAACAAGACAAACUUUUGAAGCACAUGAUUAUUGAGCAUAAGAUUGUCAUAGCUGAUGUGAAACUGGUUGCAGAUUUCCAAAGGUACAUUUUAUAUUGGAGGAAAAGGUUCACGGAACAGCCCAUCACAGAUUUUUGCAGCGUGAUAAGAAUCAAUUCCACAGCUCCAUUUGAAGAACAGGACAACUACUUCUUGUUGUGUGAUGUGUUACCGGAAGACAGGGUCCUCAGAGAGGAGCUGCAGAAGCAGAAACUGAAAGAAAUUCUGGACCAGCAACAGCGGGAGCGGAAUGAUACAAGCUUUCAUGGCGCGUGCAUGUUUUGCGCUGAGGAAUUCCGUGGAAACAGAUCUGUUCUGUUGAACCACAUGGCCAGAGAGCACGCUUUCAACAUUGGCUUGCCAGACAACAUUGUAAACUGCGCUGAAUUCCUCCGCACAUUACAGAAGAAACUGGACAAUUUACAGUGUUUGUACUGUGAGAAGACCUUCAGAGACAAAAACACACUUAAAGAUCACAUGAGAAAAAAGCAGCAUCGUAGAAUCAACCCAAAGAACAGAGACUAUGACCGAUUUUAUGUCAUCAAUUACUUGGAACUCGGGAAAUCCUGGGAAGAGGUGCAGCUGGAAGAUGACGGCGAGCCGCUGGACCUCCCGGAAGAUGACUGGUCUGACUGGCAAGAAUACCCUGUCUGCGCUGUCUGUCUCUUUUGUGAAAAGCAAGAAGAAACGAUAGAUCAAUUGUACGUGCACAUGAAGGACACACAUGGGUUUGAUCUCCUCAGAAUAAAGUCAGAGCUCGGAUUAAAUUUCUAUCAGCAAGUGAAGCUGGUCAACUUCAUCCGAAGGCAAGUUCACCAGUGCAGAUGCUACGGUUGCCAUGUGAAGUUCAGAUCCAAGACAGAGUUGAGGACCCACAUGGAAGAAGCCAAGCACGCCUCCCUACUUCCUGACAGGAAGACGUGGGAUCAACUGGAAUAUUAUUUCCCCACCUAUGAGAAUGACACUCUCCUGUGUACACUGUCUGACAGUGAAGGUGACCUCACCACUCAAGAGCGCAACGAAGAUGUCCCUGUCAUCAGUGAAGACACAUCCAAGCUGCGUGCUUUGAAGCGAAGCAGUGUUUUGAACCAACUGCUCCACCAGGAAUGCCUGGAAAACUAGAGAACCUGCUGCAGACUCGGGCUGUGUGCUUCUCUCCUGAGGCAGAUGGGAAGGAAGAGCUCAGAUCUGAUUACCAGCAAAGCACCGCUCGCUGGUGAAAUCAUGUUUGUCUUAAUGAAGCUUUCCUCAAGAAGUAAAAAGCAAAAAUAAAAUGUGGCUUUUUUUUAUUUCGACUGGGAAAUUGUGUUAUGGUUAUCUUAAAUGACUUUGUUUUUAAACUCGUGGUUAUGUACAGUACGGAAAACAUGAAAGUCACAGACAUUCAAAUGGUAGCCCUAAUUCUAACCAGCUGUUUUAGUCUUCCCACGGGCCUCUCACCUCACAAGUCACACAUUUCAGUGUGAUUUCUGUACUAAAUUGGUAACUGAUGGAUGUAACGAUUCAAAGAAGACCCACAGAAGCAAAGGAAGAUGGUCAGAGAUCUAAACAGUGUACAAAUUAGACCACUGAAAAAUAAUCCAAACCGACUGGAUUACUGUGUUAAUUUUUCCUGGGUUACAACCCCAUAGAAAUGGAUACAGUGUAAUAAAGCUCACUCUUCCCCAAAACAUA